AAGGUAUGCCUAAAAACGUAUCAGAUGACCAAGAGUGAUUUUUCUGCCCCUUUAUUUAUUUUUAGACAACUAUCACUCAAAAAGUAGCUUAAGGAGUUUACAACCAGUAAAUUAAGUUGAAUGUGGGUAUGAGUUUUAGCCCGGAACUGAAGAAGUAGUUUCAUAUUUUAAACUACAACCACAUUCAGAUCUUCAGCAACCUCAAGCUGAUUUUCUUGCCCUGUAUUCAGACUAAUUCGUAUUUUUUAUCGACGCCAAACAGCUUCUGUGUUCCUACUGACGAAACGCAUCCCCACAGCAUAAUGGUGUCACCACCAUGUGCCCCCAUUCUGUGACAGUUUCCAACCACAUAAAGCAUUUUGAAUAUAGGUCAAAUUAAUUGAAUUACUCAUCGGACUACAGUACUUUCCGUCUUUUUUGCUGUGUCCUUCAUGAACUAUAGGUUUCUUUACAUUGUGACCUUAAAACAGAUUCUCCCAAAUCUCUUAGAUUAUUUAAAAGAAGAAAAUGAUGUGCAAUUUUUCCUCCUUUUCCCAGUUUAGCACCUCUUUUUGUUGGCCAAUCGACUAACGUUUAAUGUUUUCGCAGUUAAGUUCACAUCAGCAUGAAAUCUCAUGUGGUGAACAUGAUGAAAGUGACCGCACUUAACAGACAAAAGGAAGUGGGGCCAUAACAAUGCCGGCAACUGUUAUGAAAUACGCACAGCGUUGUGCGGAAGAAGUUCAUUUCCUGCAUGUUUCCAAAUCAACAGGCUGUCCGCUGCCUCCGUCGGACCAGAACAUCUGAGCACCAGUUGGUGUUGUUUUUGUUUUGUUUUGUUGUUUUCUGCUCCUGUGUCCCACCAUGGCUGUCCUUCACAGGCUCCUGUCACAGCUGUUCAGCUGGUCUGGGAUCAGUUUCCUCCUGCAGCUGAUGGGGGCCGCGCUGCUGGCUGCGGUCGGAGUUUGGACGGUGAGGCUGCUGGUUCGUCACGCCUGGUACACUCACAGGUUGUCCUGCUUCAACAAGCCGCAGACGCAUUCAUGGCUGAUUGGUCACCUCGGUCAGAUGCAGAGUACAGAGGAAGGUCUCCAACAGGUGGAUGAAUUGGUGCAGACCUACAAACACUCCUGCUCCUGGUUCUUCGGGCCUUUCUACCACAUGGUCAGAGUCUUUCAUCCUGAUUAUGUGAAGCCCCUGCUGAUGGCGCCUGCCAACAUCACGAUGAAGGAUGAGUUUAUCUACGGGCAUCUGCGACCGUGGCUGGGUCACAGUUUGUUGAUUAGUAACGGAGAGGAGUGGUCUCGCAAGAGGCGACUCCUGACUCCGGCUUUUCAUUUCGACAUCCUUAAAAACUACGUCCUGACGUUUAACUCUUCGACUAACACCAUGCACAAUAAAUGGCACCACCUGGUGGCAGGAGGAACAACCAACAUAGAGAUGUUUGGCCAUGUCACUCUCAUGACCCUGGACAGCUUAUUAAAAUGCGCCUUCAGCUACCAGAGCAACUGUCAGGAGUCCACCAGUGAAUAUGUGUCCGCCAUCGUGGAGCUCAGCGACCUGGUGAUAGAUCGCCGCCUUCGCAUUUUGCACCACUGGGACUGGAUCUACUGGAGAACUGAGCAAGGAAAGAGAUUCAAGCGAGCAUUAAGUGUGGUGCACAGGUUCACCAGGGAUAUUGUGCAGAAGCGCCGUGCUCUCAUUGACCAGCAGAGGGAGACGGAGACACUAACCAGCAUGACUACAGCGCAAGAGAGAAAGAAAGAUUUCGUGGACCUGAUUCUGCUGUCAAAAGAUGAAGACGGACAAGGACUCACAGAUGAGGAAAUUCAGGCGGAAGCCAACACUUUCAUGUUUGCAGGACAUGAUACGACAGCGAGCGCAAUUUGCUGGACUCUGUACAAUUUAGCUCGCCAUCCCCACUAUCAGGAGAAAUGCAGGCAGGAAGUGAUGGAGCUGAUGCAGGAACGAGAUGGACAUGAAAUACAGUGGGAGGACCUGUCCAACCUUCCUUUCACUACCAUGUGCAUCAAAGAGAGCCUCAGGCUGCACUCGCCUGUCCAGGCUGUAACCAGGAAGUACACCCAGGAUGUGGCGUUGCCAGGAGAUCUCAUCGUACCACAGGGUGUAAUCUGUUUGGUCAGUCUUUACGGGACACACCACAACCCCGAAGUCUGGACAAACCCACAUGAGUUCGAUCCUCUUCGCUUUGAGCCGACCAGCGUGCAGAGCCGCUCCUCUCAUGGCUUCAUCCCCUUCUCCUCCGGUCCCAGGAACUGCAUCGGACAGAAAUUUGCCAUGGCUGAGCUCCGAGUUGUGGUAGCGCUGACCCUGCUGAGGUUUCGUUUGACCCCGGGCGUUGACCCUGAAGCAGGAAGCGGCUCUGGGAAGGUGCGGCGUCUCCCCCAACUCGUCCUGCGCGCCGAGGGAGGCCUGUGGCUGCAGCUGGAAACUCUGAAUGAAUCAAACCUUGGGGAGCCGGCAUAUAAAUGACUUGAUUACAAUGACGUGUCAGAACGUAACACGCAGCAAGACGGUGUGAGAUUGUAUAUUACAUUUUAACCAAGGCUGUUUUAAGAUGUGUUUCAUUAUGUUUUCAAAUUGCUAAUAAAUAUUAAUGACAUUGUAAAUGCAAGAUUUAAAACACAAUUUAAUUUAUUUAACAAAUACAGAAAUGGCUUUUUAUAUAUAUAUAUAUGUAAACAUUUAGAUAAUAAAAAAUGAGUGAUAUUUCUAGCUGUUGGUAUUUCUAUAAGUAAUAAUAAAAAAAAAUUUAAAUUCUUGUUAACUAAAUACUUUAUUUUAUAUUUGUUGUGCUUCAUCGAGAACCAAAAGCAGCACAACCCAAUAAAUUAAUAAUCAGUUAAUUGAUUGUUAUAAGUUUGAUUACUGAGGUACGUUUGUAACAAAUACAUGAAAUAAACAUAAAUAUAAAA